GAGAAAUGAUGUUGGAGCAUGUGCAUAGCAGUAGAGGUGCAUGUAACAAUGGUUUGGACACCUACAGUGGAUCAUUUGAGAUGUGGCCUAAAGUUCUGUUUGUACUAGAGCUGUCUCUGAAGGCUGUUGGUCAGGCACUGAUGGUUCUAGGUUACUUGCCAGAAGAAGGAAUUAGAUGGGAUUCAAAAAUACAAUGAAUAAGGGACAAAAUAACACCAUCUGUUACUCAUGUUCCAGUACAGAUCUCAGCACUCUUAUUUAUUUUUAUUUUUUUGGUUUUGUUGCAGGUGUGGGCAAGAGCAGCUUGCUGUUGCGUUUUGCAGAUAAUACUUUCUCAGGCAGCUACAUUACCACAAUUGGAGUAGAUUUUAAAAUCCGGACGGUUGAAAUAAAUGGAGAGAAGGUGAAAUUACAGAUCUGGGACACAGCUGGACAAGAGCGUUUCCGGACUAUCACAUCAACGUAUUACAGAGGAACACAUGGGGUCAUUGUUGUUUAUGAUGUCACCAGUGCAGAGUCCUUUGUGAAUGUCAAGCGGUGGUUACAUGAAAUUAACCAAAACUGCGAUGAUGUCUGCCGGAUAUUAGUGGGAAAUAAGAAUGAUGACCCAGAGCGGAAGGUGGUGGAGACGGAAGAUGCCUAUAAAUUUGCUGGGCAGAUGGAGAUCCAGUUGUUCGAGACGAGCGCCAAAGAAAACGUUAAUGUGGAAGAGAUGUUUAAUUGCAUUACAGAGCUGGUUCUGCGAGCAAAGAAAGAAAACUUGGCAAAGCAGCAACAGCAGCACCAGAAUGAUGUGGUCAAGCUAACUAAGAACAGUAAAAGGAAGAAGCGGUGCUGCUAAUGCCCUUUCCCUGCUGCAGAGACUGCUCUCAGACAGAUCAGCCCCUCCAGCUAGACUCGGGCAUUCCACUGGGGCAGGCUUUGGGAGGACCUUCUCAGUUUUGUGCCGUUAUUUAAAGAUUUUUCUCCAUGUUUUCUAUCAAGAAGCGCUGGCACCUUAUCACUGUAGUGCCAAGAAGUUGUCUGAUGGACUCUUGCCCCCUCUCCUCCCCUGCUCCUUCCAGCGCGCCUUGUAGAUAAGAAAGGACGUUGCCUACCAAGUGGACGGAUUUAACCCAAGAGUUUGUACAUAAUGUAUAUUGCUUUAACCAGCUGCACCUCCCUCUUGUUGCUCUGGCUUAGGCCUUCUUAAUGUCAACCAAUCAUGAACUAUAGAGUUCAUCUUUUUAAAGAUAUAGUACAAAGUUCUUAAUGCGAGUAGGCCCCUGGCUGACAGCGACUGCUCCCUGGGGCUUUGGGCUUCGUUUUGUUUGGGCUCCAGGCUGGCAACUGGUGCCUCUGGGGCCUUUGGCUUCUCUUCUGAGUUCCGGGCUGCUCCUGGGGCUUUGGCUUCAUCUCUCUAGGUACCAGGAUUGCAGAAGCUGCUGCUGGAGCCUGGGGUUUCACUUUCCUAGCUCCUGGGCUAGCAGCUGGUGCUGCUGCUUGGGCCUUGAGUUCUGCCAUACUCCAGGAUGUGGCUGGAUCCCUGGGUUUCCUCAUCUCCCCACGCUGCAGCCCAGCUGUACCUAUGCUCCUUGGUUUGUAUCAAGAUAUUUAAAAUCAAUCCUGCAGAAAUGGGAUUUAUUUGGACUUAAACAUUUUUCUAAACUGCCCCCCCGCAC